GUUUCAUAUAGCAAAUAUGGCGUCUACCCCUUUCCGUUUCUUAGAUCUCCCUCCCGAACUUAGGAAUUCUAUUUAUGAUCUCGUUCUCUGUGCUUGGUCGCCUCCCGAGCCGAGAUUGACCAGAGUGAACCAGGACCUUGAGUCCUACACUCCUUUCGUUCCACUCUUGGGACAUCACAAGUUCGACACUGCAAUCCUCCUUGUUAGCCGUCAAGUAUCACAUGAGGCUAUUGAUGUCAUGCUAAAAUACCAUCUCUUCAUCCGCGUGGUCACUCAUGGCGUUAACUUGUGCCACCUCCUAUCUGCCUGGGAGAUCCCUAUCGUAGCUAUCGGCAAAGCGACUAUCAGAAACUUCAAAGGCUUCGUCAUGAGCUAUUCUAUCAAGAUCCAAGGUGCUAGCCCAGUCCCAAAGAACCACUUCAUAGUUCUUCAGAAGGAUUUCCCGUUAUUCUGCGAAUCUCUCAACUGGCUCGAACCUUCUCCCGAGAGCUUUGAGCAUCGCGUUGUUCUUUGCAACCCGUUCAGAAACACCACAUCCUCCAGUUACCUGGGCGUUGCGAAGCAAACGCUCCUUGUCCAGCCCUACCGAGAUUACCUCUCCAGAAUCGCUUCCUUCAAGCUUGAAGGCAACAUAUGUCCGGCUUUAGCUAGGGAUGUCACAGAACAGGUCAAACAAGACCCCCAUCUCGAACCGUGGUCGUUAUUGGAGGCUCUCAACAGGGUAAAAAUAUAUGGAGACGAACUUUUCCAGGACGGCGAGUAUAUUAAGGCUUUGAAGAUGUGGAAGAAGUCCACAAUGCAGAUGAUCGGUCUUGCUGGCAGUCCUCUAUGGCAGCGAAUAAAAGCCACUAGCGAUCCUAGUGAUGCACUCCCUUAUCAUAUCGCCGACAUUGUCUUCUAUCUCCACCUCAACCAAGUUGCCGGUCUCAUAAUCAUCAUGCAAAUAUUGAAAAGCCAGGGUAACUUGGAGCAAGCUCGGAAGUAUUGGCCCAUUCUGCUUGAGGCACUAAGCGGAUCUGGCGAGAGAUUCUUCCGCCUUGCAACGGCGUACCGUGUCCUAGAAAGCAAUUUGGGGGCUGCUGUGGACUGCAUCAAAAUUGCAGAGCUUUAUUUACCUGGAAACCAGGAUAUCCAGGCUGAGAAAGCAAGAAUCGCUGCGUGGGCAGCGGGGGUUGAGACAUAG